GCGCAAAAGCGGGAGAUAUGGGUUAUGAAAUCGAGAAAUAUUUCAGGGAAUAACUGUUUUACUAAAAAUAAUUGACAGUUCUUUUUAAGAAUGGAUUCAAGAACAAAGUCUAUCCAAGAUAUACUGGGUCUCAUGCAGAAAAAUUUAGAAUGUUCCAUUUGCUUAGAUUUGCUGACAAACCCAGUAUCCACAAAGUGUGAUCAUCCAUUUUGCAGGUUUUGCAUCACUGAAUUCCUGAAGACAAAAACCUCCGUGCCUUGUCCACUUUGUAAAUGCCCAAUCACAAAACGAAGCCUAAAUGAUCGUCCCCAGCUGUCAAACAUUGUGGAAAAUGUCCGCCGGUUAAUGGGGGCUUUCUCAAAAGACACUGGACAGAAAUGUUCCCCUCCCCGGGCCUCCUCCUCUGCCAAUCUCCUGUCCUGUACCCCUGAGCAGCUGCCUCGCAAAGAGGCCAAGGGGACAAAAAGAAAAAUCUCUGUUAGUGAAAAAAAGGGAACAUCUGGGAAAAGUAAUGUUCGGCAAAGCAAGAGGCGGAAAUCGGACCUAACCUCAGAGGUCAUGGAAUCUACUCAAGAUAACACAGAGACUGAUGUUAUAGAUGAAACAAAUAAUGGUGUAGAAACAGACCAACAUGUUGUUAAUACAGCUUUAGACCACAGAAUUAACAAAGAGAAAGAAAAUCAAGAGGAAUCAAAAAGUGAUCUGAUUCUGUCCUGUCUUAGAUCUGGUGCUGGUGGAACUUUGUCAGAAAAAGGCGAUCCAUCAUGCACCAACCCCAAAGCUCUAACUAAAGGUAACACAAAACCAGGGAAUAUGAAUUUGAAAGGAAGAACUAAAAGUACUUCACAUUUGUCAGGACCAGAGAAAGAUGAAGAAAUGGGUUUGUCUGGAAAAGCCAACCCCAAAGAAUUAACUAAACAAAAGAAAGAGGUAGGAGAUACAAAUCUGAAAUCAAGAGAAAAAAGAACUAGAAGUACUUCACUGGUGUCAGGACCAGAAGGAGAAAAAAUGGCCAGAACAGCAGGAAACCUGAAUUCUGAAAGACAUCUCAGACACCAAAAUAAAAAGAAUUAUAAAGAGGACAGUGAUGAAAUUGAAUUUAGUGAUGAUGAACAAGUUCAAGGUCAUUCUGAAAGUCAAGGUCAUUCUGAACUUAGCUCCUUGCCAGAGAGUACGCCCCAUGUUGCGACAGUGACUCGAACCUAUGACAAACAGUUUGUCAGUCAUAGAAAUGUCAGGAGUGUAUCCAAAGUGAAGGACUGGCUCACCAGUAAUGAUGUACAUGGGAAAGUUCAAGGUGAUUCGCAAGAGUCAGAUAAAGUCCUACAUGGAGGCAGCUUGGAACAGUCAAGUAAUUCUGGAGAUAAUGGUGAGAAUUUCAUAGAGGACGAAGAAGAAUUUGAGCUAGUGUCUUGUGAUUCCAGUAUACCAGAAUCAGUUGUGGAUAAGGAACAUGCGGACACAAGUGACAAAAAUCAGGGACAUAGUGAAACUGCCUCAACUUCUCUCCCUCUCUGUUCAGAUAACCUUCCUCCCACAAGCAAAUCACAAACAGAAAAGGGGGGACAAGUGGCACACAAAAUCUUCAAGACAACGAGAAACGAUAAACAUUUGGAAACUUCAGUUAAACAAACCAAAGGAAAAUUUCUCUUCAAAAAAAUUCAACCCAAGUCGGUAUCGGGGAUUGAUCAAGGUAUGGGAGUGAAGCCGCUCAAACCUAAAGAUAGAGCUGUGAUCACUCAGAAGGAGAGUUUGAAAUUAAGGGAGCUGGAUCUUAAUACCUUUGGUAACGACUCGGAUCCGUAUGAGUUCAAGUCAAGCCAGGUCACUCCAGUCAAGCCAAAAGUCCAGAGGAGAAAGGCAAAGGCGAGAGAUGACAAGAGAAAGGAAGGUCAGAUCAGUGUAGAAGUUCAGAACAUGUUGAGCAGGAAAAGUGGAAAAUCUAUUCUGAAAAAGGCAAAUGGUGAUGGCAUGAAAGAGGGGAUAUGUGGAAGAGGAGGGGAGGAAGUUGCUGAAGAGAAGAAGAAGAAACUGUCACCAAAAGCUUUACAGAGGCAGAAAGAUGAAGAAGAGGCUCUGAAGGAAAUGAGAGACAAAAUCAGUCAAGCGGAAAGUUAUGACCUCAUGACCUCUACACAGGAAGUGAUUGAUCACCUGACAGAGGAAGAAAAUGGUGCAGAGGAAGAGCAUGAUGGUGUCUCAAAAAAUAAAAAGAUUGUUUCGUUUAAUCAGGAUGUGAUCUUCAUUAGUUCUCAGAAUCAGAGAGUUAAAAGCCUGAAAGGGAUGAGUGAAUCUCCAAAGAAUAGAAAGACUCGAUCAAACAAGAUAGAAAAGAAUUUUACUGAAGAAGCAGGUGUAAGAACUUGUAAAAAUGGAGGAGGGAACCAGGAAACUGAAAAAGUAUUUAAGGAGGACUGUGAAACUGGUGUUCAUCAUAAUGAAGAAAAGAUGGAAGCACUGGGCAUGUCUCAAAACUUGAUUGAUGAAAUUUCUGAAAAUGUUUUGUCAUCAAAAGAAAAUAAAGCUGGGAACCUAAAAGUUACUUCCCUUGAAGAUGACGAUAAUGAUGACGGAAAUUCGUCCUCCACGACUGACCUUGACAUUCAGCCAGGAGAGUCAGAGUUUGCAGUUCCUAAUUUAGAUAUUCAACCCAAAGAAAUUCUGGAAAAACUGAGUUCUCAAGAUAUUAUACCUAACAGUGUUGUGAAUGAAAACAGGACAGGAAAUUGUGACACUGAAAUGGAAGUAGACGUAGUACCCAACAGUGAAGACCUCGGAAAAGACACAGGUGUUCCUAACUACAAAAGAAAAUUGGGCAAAGAGGCAAUGGCAAAGAACCCAACAAGGAACAAAGUUAAGGAAGGACGCAAACUCAAUGAUGACAAUGUUAAUUUAAAUAAAGGGGAUAGACAACAAAGAUAUACAAUACAGGGAUUAGAGGAAUCAUCAGGUUUGGCUGUUUUUGGCAGAGGGGAGAAGUUAGAGGGAGAAGGGAAUUGUCAGAAGGUUGAUGUUAAGGGUAGAGAGGCAGAUGUCAACUCUGUAAAUGUGGUGCCUGAGACGCCACUUAUUGCCAUUGACAGUGACGCAUCUGUAACAGAUGCCAGCAGCCAACCUCAAGAGAAGAAACUUGUCAGGAAAAAUAGAUUAAAGAAGAGCAGUAAAGAAAAGACCUGCAAGAAGAGUCCUGUGGCUACCAAAUGUGAAGAGAGUCGCAAAAAUGAAAAAGGCACUGACUUAUCAACGAACAAUACAUCUACCACAGAUAAAGAGAUGAGUGAAAACAUAGUUCCAUCUUCUGUGGAUCUGUGUUCCAUGGAUGUGGUCGUAUUGGAUCAACAAAGUGGAAAAGGUGGUUCAGGAAGUAUUUCCACACAUAUAUCAAGUGGAACACAGGAUAACCAAACUUCUCUUGGAAGUAAGUUCAAAGAGUCUGAAAGUACAUCUAUACAACAGUCUAAUGAGACACAAAAUAGCCAAGCCUGUGCUGUGAGGAAGUUGAAAAACUCGAAGAAAAAGCGUGGUAAAAGGAAGGCUGUUCCCUUUGUCAUUCAAGAGACUCCAGUAUUAGAAGAGGCUAAAGAAACGGAUGAUGAAGUCACUGAAUUGCCAAGGGAACAAAAACAGAACUCAGACAUUGUCACAAAUUCACAGCAGUCCUUUUCCAGUUUAUGUAGCACCCAAGAAAGUGUCUCGAUUUUGGCACCAGUCCAUAAAUCAUUUGAAAAGGUUGUGAACAAAAAAUCACCAGCUUCUUCAAAAGAAAAUCUUAAGGCUGUGAACAGUACCAAAGGACAGGAUCAGGAUAUUAUUGAAAUAAAAUUGCAGGAAAAUGAGGCAGAUGAUGUACAGGACAAGCCUUCAUCUUGUGAAAUUAUCACAGAAGCAGAGGAAUCACCUAUUGUGAUUACAGAGAGUAACCAGUCUUUGAGGAGCUCUUCUAACAAGUUAAGGAGACCAAAAAGGAAAUGCUUCUCCCUAGGGAGCCCCGAGGAGGUUCCAAAGGGGAAAUCCCAAGAAAGGAACAAUUCCUUAAAAGUGGCUGAUGUAGACUUGAUUAAACAAGAUAACAGCAAAAAAGAAGAGGUACUGACAGGGAGAUGUGAAGAGGAUUUGGAAAUCAUGGAUAUUGUGGCGCCUAAACAGAGAGUUCCUGAGAGUAAUCUCAUUGAGGUAAAGAGCAGUGGGGAUGUAAAGAGUACUCCCACUGAUGCUUUGAUUCCAACCCAGCUCUCACUUAGAAGCAUCAAGAAACAAGAGAUGAAACUGAAGAAGCAGCAACAGAGUUCCCCAGAAGAUGUUUUUCUGAUGGACUCUGAACCGCUGGGAUCCGGUUCGAGCUACCUGGAUCUGGUUCAGAACCAGGAGGGCUUGCUGGAACUGGAGCUGGGAGACAUGGACGGAGUUUGUGAGAUAAAUAACAGGGAAAGUCAGGUGGGGUCCAGUAGUGGAAGAGUAAGUGGAAAAGUGGAAGACUCUAUGGAUGGAGAUUCUGAGCAUGUGGAAAAAUCAAGUAAUGUUAAAGACUAUAGAAAAGAUAAGGUGGAACAUAUACAGUGUAGCGGCAGUGGUAAUGAUAGACCAAUUGAGGACAGUGAAGGCAAGAACUCAGAAACUGUGACAACUGUACCUGAUACUGAGGAAAAUGAAGAAGAGCUUGUACCUAAAAGAAGAUCAAGUUUAAGAAGUGCUAGAAGUGUUCCCUCUGACAGUCAUGUUUCACAAAUGGAUGUAAAAAUGAGAGAUAAGAGAGACUCUUUGAAGAAUUCUGAUUCUCAGAAAAAUUCUAAUUCCAGUGGAAGUGAUGUCAGUAAUGCAGGCAGGAAGGCAGUGAGAGGUUUGGCAAGGAAACUGAGGCAGAAGAACUUGCAUGAUCCUCAUAUUAUAUCAGAUGAAUGUAAGGUUAAGAUGUCAGAUAAAGAUGUAUGUAAUGGAGACCCAUCAAACAGUUCUAAAGAAAUCACCAGUACUUCAAAGAGAAAGGAUGAGAAAUUUGAGCAUCAGCCAAUGGAAGAACCUGUUUGUUUUAAUGUGGUGCCAGAGACUAUGGAGGUUGGUCUGGAAGAUCUUGAAGAUCAAAUGGAUGAUGAGGUUACAGCCAUACCAGAAACUGUGGAAGACAGUCUUCCAUGUGAAGAGGAAGAAUGUGAUGGAGAGAAGGAGUCCAAGACAGAGGAAGAUGAAGAGGAAGAUACAGAUAUUACAGAUGUGAAGACCACCAGGAUUCAAGAAGAGUUAAAACCGGAUGACAGUGAGAAAAGAAAAGAAAAAGGUUUAGAAAGGUCACUAGUUUCAGUAAAAGAAGAUUCUCUAAGGAUGGAUGACAUCCAAGAAGGAGAAGACAACAAGGUAAAGAUGGAUGAUGUUGUUUCCAGUCCAGCACAGAGCAGCAGACAGGAGGAUGGAAAUGGAGGAACUGUUGGGGAGUCUGAAACGUUGACAAGAAAAGCGAGUUAUAUGGAGACUGCAGGAGACGACGAGCCUCUUUUUCAUUCUCCAGAGAGUUCCCCUCUACCUGACAUUCUGGAGGAAGAGUAUGAACAGCAAAAGGAAAGACCAUCUGGAUGUGUCAUCAAGUCCUUAAAAGAAGCCGUUCCACAAAAGGAAGAGGAUUCCUAUGAUAGUUAUUCCAGUGGUUUUGAGCUGCUCUCUGAGGACAUAAUAAAGCCAGAGGACAUGGGCCCUGAGGAUAGUCCUCAGAAGGCUAGUGUAGAUUUUGUGCAAGUUUGGGAGGGAAAAGUACCGUCAUAUCAGCGGGAUACAAAAUCAAAAAGAAUGGGAAUCCAUGCCAAGAAGAGGAGUGAGGAAGAUGAAAUUAUGAAGAACUUUGUUGAACUUAGUGAUGAUGAAAAUGAUGAUGUGUUGAUUCAUAGACGGAGAAAGGCAAAGAAGAAGGUUGUGAUAUCUGAUGAUGAUGACAGUGAUGUUGAGUUGACUCAAAGACAGACAAAGAAGGUUGUGUUAUCUGAUGAUGAUGAUGACAGUGCUGAUGAAUUGACUCAAAGACAGACAAAGAAGAAGGUUGUGAUAUCUGAUGAUGAUGAUGAUGAUGAUGAUGAUGAUGAUGACAAUGAUAAUGAAGAGAAGGAAAGUAUUGGAAGGAAGAAGAAAAAGACAGCUGUGAUAAUAUCAGAUGAUGAGGAAGAAAAUGAUGUGACAGAGGACAAGAAAUCUAAACCGUCCAUUAAUUUGAAUGAUGAGGAUGAUUCUGAUUCUUCACAAGAGAGCCUUGUAAGUCGCCAGAUGAACCUGACCUCAUCUUCAGCCUUCUCCAGCCAGAGUGAGGGCUACAACACUCAGAAUCAGAUCUUGCUACAACAAGAAUUGGAAAGAAUGAAGAAAGAAAUGGCUGAAAUUGAAUCACGGAUAUCUAAAGGAAACCAAAGUAAAAACCUCAAAGAGUAA